CUCCAGAUUCGGCCUCUUUUUGUCUGGCGAGCGUGGUCUCAGAGGGGAGCUCUGGAGGGGCGCUGCGAUGGCCGGGCGGGCGACCCCCAGGGUGACAGGCGGCCUUUCGGGGAGGGGGCAGUGCCCGGGCCGCGUGCGCCCAGGGUGGCACCUGAGAUGGAGGGAGGCGCGAGGCCGGGAGGACGGGGGAGCCGGAGGGUGUUUUUGAUUCAUUCGAGAAUCGCGCUCUUUAAAACGGGGAAACUUUCCUUAGAGUUCCAGGAGGGGGAACCGACUGUUAGGAUGGUUUUUCUGGUCUUGCUGCUCUGUUUGCGGCCGGAGACUGAAGCGCUUUGAGGACUGCUUUCCACCGCUAGAGUAUUGUCAAGGCGCACAGAGGGGAGGCCGCUUGGCUGCUGGGACCAGGACCCGGGGGUAUGGUUUGGGAGUCCAGGGUAGCUCCCGCGUGUGCAGCAGCGGGGCUCCAGAGGGAACGAGAUGAUGCCCUUUUCUGGGGCCCCGGCUGAGCGCUCUGAAACGCGUGCUGUGAGCACGUUCUUAACCUUUGCUGGUAUCUGGGGACACACACACACUUAGAACAUAGAAUCCUUUGCUGAGCAUGGAGGCGGCCGGGCAUUCUCAGCGGGGAGCGCCAGCUCACGGUGUGUGCAUUUCUCUCAGGAAGCGGUUCUGUGACCCACCUCUGAAUCCCACAAGACCGCACCAGAGAGCCAGGUGCAAGAUGAACCAGCACCCUGCCAGCCCAACAUGCACCAGACCCUCCGCCUGAACCCCGAGAGCCCGAAAAUGUCCGCGUGCAGUGACUUUGUGGAGCACAUCUGGAAACCCGGGUCCUGCAAGAACUGCUUCUGCCUGCGGAGCGACCACCAGCUGGUGGCCGGCCCUCCCCAGCCCAGAGCGGGCAGCCUGCCCCCUCCACCGCGCCAGCCUCCCAGGCCUGAGAACGGCCGCCUGGAAGAUGAAGGUGUGAACAGCUCACCCUACUCCAAGCCCACAAUUGCCGUGAAACCCACCAUGAUGAGCUCCGAGGCCUCUGAUGUGUGGACAGAGGCCAGCCUUAGUGCUGAAGUCUCACAGGUCAUCUGGAGACGAGCCCCCGGCAAGCUCCCCCUCCCAAAGCAGGAAGAUGCCCACGUUGUCUACCUGGGCAGCUUCCGAAGUGUACAAAAGCCUGCCGGUCCCUCUGCCUCCCCCGAUGGCAAUGCUCGCUGUCCCCCAGCUUACACCAUGGUCGGCCUGCACAACCUUGAGCCCCAUGGCGAAAAGAACAUUGCCUUCCACCCAGUGAGCUUCCCGGACGAGAAGGCUGGACACAAAGAAAAACCUUCAUUUUCCUACCAAGACCGGCCCUCUGCCCAGGAAAGCUUCCGCCAGAAAUUGGCUGCCUUUUCUGGGACCACAUCUAGCUGCCACCAGAGCCCCGCGCCCCUGCGGGAAUCCCUGCCCUCUGAAGAUGACAGUGAUCAAAGGUGCUCACCCUCCGGGGACAGCGAAGGCGGAGAGUACUGCUCCAUUCUGGACUGCUGCCCUGGGAGUCCUGUUGCCAAGGCUGCCUCUCAGGCUGCAGGCUCCCGGGGCAGGCACAGUGACAGAGACUGCUCACCCACGUGCUGGGAGCGGGAGAAGUGUGCAGGGUCCUCAGAGCAGGAGAAGCAGGGCCCGAGCUUCCCCAGGGAGUGCUGUAGCCAGGGCACCACUGCCCACUCAUCCCGCCUGGGCCCCAAGAAACCGUCCCUCACCUCGGAGGCUGCCACAUCUUCUGACGGCCUCUCUUGUGGCAGCGGCAGUGGGGCCAGUAGCCCCUUCAUCCCCCACCUUGAGAGUGAGUACUGCUCCCUCAUAAAGGAACCUGCCCCGGGGAAGCAGCAGGACCCUGGCUGCCCGGGGGUGGUCUCUAGCAGAUGCCUUGGGCCGAUGGGGGAGUCCCCGCCACCAGCCCACCCCAGGGAGGCUACACAGCCUGAACCCAUCUAUGCCGAGAGCACCAAGAGGAAGAAGCCAACUCUGGUUCCUUCCAAGCCACAGGCCAAGACAGAACAUGCAGCAGCUGCCCAGGGCCAAGGCCAGGGCCAGGUAUGGAUGGGUAAUGCCUGGGCCCAGAAAACAGCAUCUGGUUGGGGCCAGGACAACCCAGACCCAGCUCCCCAGGUGGCAGCCACCAUUACAGUCAUGGCGACCCACCCAGAAGAGGACCAUCGGACCAUCUACCUGAGCAGCCCUGACUCUGCAGUGGGGGUGCAGUGGCCACGAGGGCCUGUGAGCCAGGACUCCGAGGUGGGUGAAGAGGAGACUUCAGCUGGGCAGGGGCUGAACUCCAGGGAAAGCCAUGCUCACAGUGCCAGCGAGAGCAAGCCCAAGGGGAGGCCCGCCAUUCCCCCCAAGUUGUCCAAGAGUAGCCCUGGAGGGUCCCCGGUGUCCCCAUCUGCUUCCCCGCUGGCUGACCUCAGUGACGGGAGCUCUAGCGGCAGUGGCAUUGGGCCCCAGCCUCCAUCCCGAGGCCCUGCUGAACCUGCUCCUCCCUGCAGGACCAACAGUGUCACUAUCAGUGACCCAUCCAGGUGUCCCCAUCCUGCGGCCUCCUCAGCCUUGGACCAGAGGCGGCCCAGGUUCCAGGCAGGCACCUGGAGUCGUCAGUGCAGGAUAGAGGAAGAGGAGGAGGUGGAGCAGGAGUUGCUGAGUCACAGCUGGGGAAGAGAGACCAAAAAUGGCCCCACGGACCGUUCAAACACCACGACCUGGCACCGUCUCUGCCCCACAAAUGGUUCCUCUGGGCAGAACAGCAAAGUUGGGACCGGGAUGAGCAAAUCAGCCUCUUUUGCCUUUGAGUUCCCCAAGGACAGAAGUGGGAUUGAGACAUUCUCACCUCCUCCUCCGCCUCCAAAGUCGAGGCACCUUUUAAAAAUGAACAAGAGCAGCUCUGAUUUGGAAAAAGUGAGCCAGGGCUCUGCAGAGAGCCUCAGUCCGUCCUUCAGGGGUGUCCACGUCAGCUUCACCACCGGCUCCACAGACAGCUUGGCCUCAGACUCCAGGACCUGCAGCGAUGGAGGUCCUUCAUCUGAGCUGGCUCACUCGCCCACCAACAGCGGGAAGAAGCUUUUUGCUCCCGUUCCGUUUCCUUCAGGCUCCACUGAGGAUGUGUCCUCCAGUGGCCCCCUGCAGCCCCCUCCGCUCCCCCAGAAAAAGAUAGUGAGCCGGGCAGCCUCUUCGCCGGAUGGCUUCUUCUGGACCCAAGGCUCCCCGAAGCCCCGAACAGCAAGCCCCAAGCUGAACCUAAGCCACUCAGAAACCAACGUCCACGACGAGUCUCACUUUAGCCGUUCAUUGAGCUCCGGAAACCGCCACCAUCCUGCCUUCUCCUCUUCUGAGCCUCUGGAGAAAGCUUUCAAAGGCAGUGGCCACUGGGUUCCACCAGCAGGCCUGUCAGGCAGCAGAAGUGGCUGCAGGAGCCCUGGCCUCCAGUGCAAAGGGGCCCCCUCCGCCUCGUCCUCCCAGCUGAGUGUGUCCAGUCAAGCCUCUACCGGUAGCACCCAGCUUCAGCUGCACGGUCUCCUGAGCAGCAUCAGCAGCAAGGAGGGCACCUAUGCCAAGCUGGGAGGACUCUACACCCAGUCCCUGGCCCGCCUUGUAGCCAAAUGUGAGGACCUCUUCAUGGGCGGCCAGAAAAAGGAGCUCCACUUCAAUGAGAAUAACUGGUCACUCUUCAAGCUGACUUGUAACAAGCCGUGCUGUGACUCGGGGGAUGCCAUUUAUUACUGUGCCACCUGCUCCGAGGACGCCGGCAGCACCUAUGCUGUGAAAAUCUGCAAAACCCCUGAGCCCAAAACCGUCUCCUACUGCAGCCCGUCCGUGCCUGUGCACUUUAACAUCCAGCAGGACUGCGGCCACUUCGUUGCCUCGGUGCCCUCCAGCAUGCUCACGUCCCACGACCCGCCCAAGGACCCUGUGCCGGCCCUGCCCGCACACCCCCCUGCGCAGGAGCAGGACUGCGUGGUGGUCAUCACCCGAGAGGUGCCGCAUCAGACCGCCUCCGACUUCGUGCGGGACUCGGCGGCCACCCACCAGGCGGAGCCCGAGGCUUACGAGCGGCGCGUGUGCUUCCUGCUCCUGCAGCUCUGCAACGGGCUGGAGCACCUGAAGGAGCACGGGAUCAUCCACCGGGACCUGUGCCUGGAGAACUUGCUGCUGGUGCACUGCACCCCCCCGGCCGCCCCUGCCCCCGCCGCCGCCGCCCCUCCCUGCUCGUCUGGCGCCCUCCCCGCCGGUGGCGCUCCCAGCCCCGCAGCCGGCCCCGCCUGCCCGGGAGGGCCCGGGGAGAAGCACCUGCCCCGGCUCAUCAUCAGCAACUUUUUGAAGGCCAAGCAGAAGCCCGGCGGUACCCCAAACCUGCAGCAGAAGAAGAGCCAGGCCCGGCUGGCCCCCGAGAUCGUGUCUGCCUCCCAGUACCGCAAGUUCGACGAGUUCCAGACCGGCAUCCUCAUCUACGAGCUGCUGCACCAACCCAACCCGUUCGAGGUGCGCGCCCAGCUGCGGGAGCGGGACUACCGGCAGGAGGACCUGCCGCCGCUGCCCGCGCUGUCCCUCUACUCCCCGGGCCUGCAGCAGCUGGCACACCUGCUGCUGGAGGCCGACCCCAUCAAGCGCAUCCGCAUCGGCGAGGCCAAGCGCGUGCUGCAGUGCCUGCUGUGGGGGCCCCGGCGCGAGCUGGUGCAGCAGCCGGGCACCUCGGAGGAGGCGCUGUGCGGCACGCUGCACAACUGGAUCGACAUGAAGCGGGCCCUGAUGAUGAUGAAGUUUGCAGAGAAGGCGGUGGAUCGCAGGCGGGGCGUGGAGCUGGAGGACUGGCUUUGCUGCCAGUACCUGGCAUCUGCGGAGCCGGGGGCCCUCUUACAGUCGCUGAAGCUCCUGCAGCUUUUGUGAGCCAAGCCUUAGCCUGCACUGUCUGCUGCCCCUUCCCUGCCUAACCCUUUCCUGUCUUGCCUUGGGAGCGCCCUUGUCUCCCUGGGAAAUGGUACAGAUGACUGGUAUACCUGGAUGUAAAAAAAUAUAUGUAUAUACAUAUAUAUAUAAUACAUAUAUAAAUAUGAAAGACUAAGGAUGCUGUUGCCCAUCCACACGGGUCUCCUCUCUGCACCAAGUCCUCCCUGUCUUCUUCUGUAAUUAUAUACAUUUCUAGCUCCAUGCAGUCAUGAGAGCAGUUCAGCAAACAGAAUGCUGCCUAGACACUGGUCUCACUACCUUGUUAAAGGAUUUUUCACCCUUUUGUCAAAUUGUUAUUAAAAAAAAAAACAAGAGGAAGAAGAAAUCUCCAUUAAAAAUUUUUUUGGUUGAGUCA